CACUGGUUGGCAUUGGUAUGUGGCACUGACUGGCACUGAUGGGUGACACUCAAAGGCAGCUCAGAUGGGCACUGAUAUGUGGCAUUGAUGUGCACUGAUAGGCACUGAUAUGUGUCAUUGAUGGGCACUGGCACGUGGCACUGAGGAGCACUGACAGCUGGCACUGAUGGACACUGACAGGUGGCACUGCUGGGGCUACACUGAUCAUCAGGGCACACUGAUCAUCACUGUCAGCGUGACAGCUCCAGAGGAGAGAAAUGACGAGAACCGGCAUUUCCCUGUUUACAUGUGAUCAGCUGUGAUUGGACA